UCGAGAUCCGACAACGACGCCAAGACGACGAUGGUCUGCCGGCCCGUGAGCUUCGUGCAGGACCUCAACCUGCUCAUGAUGGACCGCCUCCUGCACCGAGAGCACUGGGUCGAACCGGACGAGCGGUACCAGUGCAAUACCUGCUUCCAGUACUUCCACCUGGACCCCAAGAAGCAUUGCUACAUGUGUGGCGAGAUUGUUUGCGGCGAUUGCCGCACGCGGCUGCUCAUCGAAGGCCGGUACAUGAACGACGUCGGCGUCAUGGCCUUUCACCACGGGUUCACGGCCAAGGUCUGCCACCCGUGCUACUUUACGUUCUUUAGCGCGCGGGCCGUCGGCUUUUUCGAGGUCGAGAAGCACCCGAAGUACGACUCUCACCGUUUGGAGGAUCGAUGCGAUGCUGAUUAUGGCGUGCUCUGGUCGCAGUCGCUCCCGACCAUCCAAGAAAAAGUUGCCAAGCUCGCACCCAUCGAAGCCACCAAGAAGGCCCACCUCCGACCAUCCGCCUCCGAGCAGCGGCAGUUUGACGAACGCUUCACCAACAAAGUGCGCAGCAUGACCCGAAAUCACCGAUAGUCCCGACCGCGUCCGUAUAUUUAUAAGCUCAACGAGUCCUAUGUGUCCUCACGACGACGUGGCAUGCGUCCGCUGGUACUCGUCG